CGAGGGCUUUUGCAAACUUUAGCUUGGUAUCGCAGGUAGCUAGGUCUAAAAUUUCCAACGUGUAUAGCGAUCAUUAUAUUUUAAAACAGUAAUACCAAUUUUCGCGUAAUGGGCAAAAGGAAAGGCGGCUCCAAACCGCCACCCAAGAAGCCAAGAGCCAAGCUAGACACGUUGUUUUCGUGUCCAUUUUGCAACAGUAGCAAGUCUGUAUCUGUUAACUUUGAUCGGGAUAUGGGCAGGGCGACCGCCAAGUGCUCUCAAUGUAGCCAGAAGUAUGAGAGCCGCUGCACGCCUUUAACGGAUGCUGUUGAUGUUUAUCAUGAUUGGCUUGAUUCCUGCGAGGAGGCCAACAAGUGAACAAAGAAGACCUUAUUUGUCGUGGAACUUGCGGAGCAGUUGCGGAGGAGGAUUUCUAUGCUUCGUUGCUCUUUGUUACUGCUAAGAGCAUCGUGAUGUGUUGCCUCUGGCAACUAUUAUAAUUAACGCUUGCAUUGGCGAAUAGCAAUUUUGCCGCUGCUUGUUUGAAGAUGCUGCUGUGAUAGAAUUUUUUCAUCAUGGUGUGAUUGUUGAUUACCAUCCUUGGAUGCCUUCAUGCGUAUGCCUGGACAGGUAACCUCCAAAACCAUGCGGGGGGACGAUUGCCAGCUUAUGUGGCAUUAUGAACGCGUUACGUUGCCUAUGUAUAUGAAGACCAUAUACCGUUUAAUGGACGCCUUUGAUGCGACUCCUGCGUAUAGACAAUGCAUGCUAUUUAUUCUAGCCUGGGAGGUAACUUGUGUACAUGCUGAUCUGUCCAAACAAUGGUCAUAUAAGCAGGCUUAUACUUGUAACUUAUAACUUGUAAGGAUUCUCGGCAGAAAGGCCCUGACUUC